AUGUCCUACGUCGUCUACGCGGUGGAGAAUGCGGAUCGAAUGAUCCUGAUGGGUCCGACAGUGGCAGACCAGCCCACAUUCAAGGCCAUCACGCUUAGCUACAUUCAGGCGCCGAAGCUGGCACGUCGUAUGGCGACUGGAGAAUUCACGCCAGAGGAGCCGUACGCCUACGAGGCGGCUGAGCUGAUCCGCUCUACCUUUAUUGGCAAGCAGGUGCAGUUCGUUGAGGACUACUACAUCGAGGCGCUGCAACGAAGCGCCGGUCGUAUCAUGGGUGCCAAUCAGCAGGAAGCGACGGGCAUGUUACUCAAGGAAGGCUUGGCCACGCUGCCCGAUCGUAUGCCGCCGCGUAUAGAGAAGGAGCUCUACGAAAUCUACUCGCUCAUGUCUGCUGCAGCGCGUGCGGCCCGCAAGGGUCUCUUUAGCGGCGAUGGCGACAAGCACGUGCGUCAGAUGAAAUCGUAUACCCCCGAGGAGCUCGCUGAGAAAAUUGAGGGGAUCAAGGGCCAGCAGCUCCUGUCCCGCGUCGAGAAGGUGUUAUCGCCUACGCUGCUAAUCAUCUCCGUCAAGGAGCUUGGCGACACGCAGUUCGCAGCCCAUCUGACCGGCAUCACCACGAAGGACAAUGGCAAUGAGUCCAUCAAUACCGAGGCCAAGUUCUUUAUUGAGCGUCUGCUGCUGAACCGCAACGUGAAGGUGCGCUACGACGGACUCGACGGGUUCAACAACGUCAUGAUCUCCAUCAUGUCUCCUAAGGGCUCCUUCCAGGAAGAGCUCCUGUCUAAGGGCUACGUGAAGAUUCAGAAUGCGACGCUGCCGCUGUCCACCCGCAUCGACCAGAUUAUCUCUGCCGAGACUUCUGCCAAGAAACAGCGUGUCGGGUGCUGGAAAAACUACGUAGAGCCGGCUGGGGUUGCUCCGUCCGAGACUGCCGAGUGCGAGUGGGGUCCUCAUCCUCCUUGUGCGAUCGGCGAGGAUGAUCAGAUGGAUGCCAAAGUUCCCGCGGCACCGAGGGUGGCGGGUCUUCCGACUACGCUGCCGGACGGCACUCCUGGUCCGGUGUACACGGGGCCGAUCGAGUUUGUUGGCACACUGGUGCAGGUGGUACACGGUGACACAGUUGUUAUCCGCGACGACGCCUCUACUGAGCUUCGCCGUGUCUCUCUGGCUGGUGUGCGUAGCAGCAAGAACAUUGUCCGUGACCAGGACGGCAACUCGCCUGAGACACGUGUCACGUACAACGACUACUCUUGGGAGGCCAAGGAGUUCCUGCGCAGCCGGUACAUUGGGUCCAAGGUGGUGGUGUUCGCCGAGUACGCGCGUGUGAUGCCGGAGACGAAGGAAAUUCGCCUCGCAGCAACGGUGCAGGUGAAGCACACGGGCAUUAACAUUGGCGUGGCGCUGCUGGAGGCCGGCUACGCUACGUUCUUCCUUGGCCGCAAUGACAAGCACUCCAAGGCAGGCGAGCUUGCCGCCGCCGAGGAUGGCGCGAAAGAGGAGAAGAAGGGCGUUCACCGCAACACUCCUGCGCCGCCGAUGAAGGUGCUCGAGCUGAACCACCUCGGCGAGACGCGCGGCCGCUACUAUCUCAGCUUCCUACAGCGCGGUAUGCAGGGCAACCGGCCGCCCCCAUUGAAGGGUGUGGUGGACCUGGUGCUCGGCCCCAGCUCGCUGCGCGUGUACAUUCCGAAAGAGAACUUUCAGAUCCCGGUCAAGGUCGCAGGCAUUAUGACACCAUCCGCCGCUUUUCACCCCAACGAUAAGGCGGACCCGUUUGCGCAGGAGGCGAAGGACUUCGCGAUUGAUCUCGUGCAGCAGCGCAGCGUCACCAUCCAGGUCUUCACCUCCGACCGUGCUGGCAACUUUAUCUCGUCUAUCACUUUAGGGGACGGCACAAACAUUUCUGUCGCGCUGGUCGCCGAGGGAUUCGCGACGGUGGCGAACGCGGACCGCUUGCCUUUUGCACAGCAGCUGAUGGACGCGGAGAGCGCGGCGCGCGAGGCGAAGAAGCACAUCUGGUCCGCCGCUGGCGCAAUCCCGCAUCGUGCGCUGAAGAUGGAGCAGGAGCGCGCCGCCAACAAUCCGCACGCGCUGACCCGCGUUCUCGAUGAGACGUCCCAUUUUGUGCCAUAUGUGAUCACCAACAUCGCAGACGACGGGCUGUCGGUGCACUUACAGGGCUACGACGAGGUGCAGGACACCAAGAAGGGACAAAUCCAGUGCCUCCUUAAUGGCACUGUCGCCCGUGAGAGCUACACCCCCAAAAAGGGCGAGCGUGUAAUCGCCCAGUACAGCGGUGACAAGACGUGGUGCCGCGCCACAGUGCUCAAGGCUCCACGCGACGGCAAGGCGGAGGUGCAGUUCAUUGACUUUGGCAACACCGAAGCGGUGCCGGUACAGAACAUCCGCGCUGUGCCGCGCGGCCCCGAGUACGCGCUGGUGCGUGAGACGCCCGCGUUUGCGAAGCUGGCCCGUCUCGCCUACCUCAAGUCGGCCAACCAAGACGAAAUGUUCGCUGGCGUCGCCUGCGAAGCUGUAGAGGAGUACUCUGAGGGUGAGGUGCUGGCGAAGGCUGUGUACCGCGACGGCUUUGACCACGUGUACUACACCGUGGCGACCAGCGAGAAUGUGCCAUCGCUGAGUGAGACUCUACUGCAGCGUGGCUUGGCGCUGUUGGACCGCCGCGCCUCUGCUGUGAACCCUGCAGACUACCGCCUACACGAAGCUGCGCAGGAGAUCGCACGAAAGGGACACAAGAACCUGUGGCAGUACGGUGAUAUUGAUGAGGGUGACGCCGACUACUAG